GCUCUGCUGCAUAUACACCGCUCCCUCUCCGUUCCCCCGAACUCUUCGCUCCCGUUCCGCGCUGUCCGUCUCACACAGGAUGGCGUCCGCCAUGGAGCUCUCCCUCCUCAACCCCGCAAUGCACCACCACGGCAUCGCGGCCAAGACGGCCUCCCACCUCCCUGUUCUCCCCGCGCGCCGGGGCGCCGUCCGCUUCCGCGUGAGGGCCGCCGCCGCGGCGCCGCCUGCACCCGCCGCGAAGCCCGGCUCGCCCAAGAAGCGGGGCAAGACGGAGGUCAACGAGUCGCUGCUCACGCCGCGCUUCUACACCACGGACUUCGACGAGAUGGAGCAGCUGUUCAACGCCGAGAUUAACAAGCAGCUCAACCAGGACGAGUUCGACGCGCUGCUGCAGGAGUUCAAGACGGACUACAACCAGACCCACUUCAUCCGCAACCCCGAGUUCAAGGAGGCCGCCGACAAGAUGCAGGGCCCGCUCCGCCAGAUCUUCGUCGAGUUCCUCGAGCGCUCCUGCACCGCCGAGUUCUCCGGGUUCCUCCUCUACAAGGAGCUCGGCCGCAGGCUCAAGAAAACCAACCCGGUGGUGGCUGAGAUCUUCUCGCUCAUGUCCAGGGACGAGGCCAGGCACGCUGGGUUCUUGAACAAGGGGCUGUCCGAUUUCAACCUGGCUCUGGACCUCGGCUUCUUGACCAAGGCUAGGAAGUACACCUUCUUCAAGCCAAAGUUCAUCUUCUACGCCACGUACCUGUCCGAGAAGAUCGGCUACUGGAGGUACAUCACCAUCUUCAGGCACCUCAAGGCCAACCCGGAGUACCAGGUGUACCCCAUCUUCAAGUACUUCGAGAACUGGUGCCAGGACGAGAACCGGCACGGCGAUUUCUUCUCCGCGCUGCUCAAGGCGCAGCCGCAGUUCCUCAAUGACUGGAAGGCCAAGCUCUGGUCACGCUUCUUCUGCCUCUCGGUGUAUAUAACCAUGUACCUGAAUGACUGCCAACGUAGUGCCUUCUACGAAGGAAUUGGUCUCAACACCAAAGAAUUCGACAUGCAUGUCAUCUAUGAGACCAACCGCACGACGGCGAGGAUCUUCCCUGCUGUACCGGAUGUUGAGAACCCUGAAUUCAAGAGGAAGCUAGACAGGAUGGUAGAUAUCAACCUGAAGAUCAUUUCUAUAGGAGAGUCCAACGACAUGCCCCUGGUGAAGAACCUGAAGAGGGUUCCUCUUAUUGCCCAACUAGUGUCUGAGAUCAUCGCUGCGUACCUCAUGCCCCCAAUCGAGUCUGGCUCUGUUGAUUUUGCCGAGUUUGAGCCCAAGCUUGUCUACUGAAUUUGUAGAAAAAGGAUCCAUCUCUGCCUUUCUUUUCAGACAUAAUCAUGCAUCAUGCUCCUGGAGAGUCUCUGAAUGAGCACAUGAUCCAUGGUUAAUUAACAGGAUCUACAUCCUCCUGUGCUCAUCUGUAAAGUAUUAAAACUCGGCAAGUUUUUGCUUAGUCACAUCAACAUGUAAGUGGCGGUGAACUGCAUCAGAGCAUGUGUUCCGGUUUUGCUUCAGGUGGAGAAGCAUAUCUGAAGUUGUUAUGUAACUUGUGUCGAUACUUGAUUAAAUAGCAAUAUAGCAUCCGAUUUUGUAGA